GGAGAUGUUGCGUUUCCAUGGUGACACGAAUAACACUUUUAAAAAUAAAGAGAGAACGAAGAGAGAAAAAAAAAACCAAAGGCAGAAACCUUGAAGAGGAGAAGUCAGGUCAGACCUUCAUCCCGUCACACUGCUGUAGAGACCGACUGCGCCGUUACCUGCAGACAGGAGAAGAAAAAUGAGCACAGAUAGCACAGAUGUCUCAGCAUCUUCACUGAAGAGCUGUGGUUCAGACAGAAUGGGGAACACUAACGUCUGGUUCUUAUCGCAGCCUAACACGAGACAGGCUCCUCUCAGCAUUGAGAGCAAUAUAAUGGAUCUUCUCAAUACGAGACUGAGUCCAGAUCAGCUCCAGACCAACUACCACAAACUGGAGCUCCUCAAGAAGUCUUCCUUCUACAUUGUGGUGAUACGGCAGGACGUCCCUCAGCUGGGCAACCAGCACUACAUCUCCAACUCCACCCUUAUGCACUUCAUUGACAUAUCGAGGUUCCAGCGUGUGAAGAGGGACGGCAACAACCAGGUGAAGCUCCAGCUGGCGCUGCUCGAGAUGCUGUACGCCGAGCUAACCAGGGGUCGAGAGGAACUGCAGGACAUCUUGGCUCAAAAAAGUGGCCCGUCCCUCUUGCUCAGAGACGCUGAGAUCCAAGAGAAGAUCCUCAGGCUCCACCAGGUGGCUGACGACUUUGAUGCAGCGAUGAUUCCCGGGAAGCUCCAUGUCAAACACAGCCUGAUCCCCGAGCUGGAAAGCAAAAGGUUGCCAAAGUUUCAGCUGGUGCUGGAGGCCGAGAAGCCGGUGAUGUUUAACAGAGAGCAAACUCAAGCCUUUUGUGAUUCGGUGGUUCUUCACUGGUACAUCGCUGAACAGGAGCAGCACAAACCGGAUGAGGAAUUCGAGAUCCAUUACAAACUCAUCAAUCCGACAAACGAAACCGAAGCCAGAGAGUUCGGCUCCCUGGCCUGCUCAAGUUACGUUAUUAAACUCACAGACCUGAGGCCAGACCGCAGCUACGAGUUCAGCGUGAAGAGAUUAGACAUCGCCGGGCUGGUUUAUGGGGUCUGGAAGGACAGCAUCGUCCUCACAACCACCUCACCACACACCAGCGUUUAGUUAUAUAUCCUACAGUUCUAAAUCUUAUCGUUAUAUUUCCUACAGUUCUAAAUCUUAUAGUUAUAUUUCCUACAGUUCUAAAUCUUAU